AUGGCUGUUAAUAAUCCGUCUGAAUUUAGAAAGAAGUUGGUCGUAGUAGGAGAUGGUGCUUGCGGUAAAACUUGUCUAUUGAUGGUGUUUGCCGAGGGCGAGUUCCCUCCAUCUUAUGUUCCAACUGUUUUUGAGAACUAUGCCACCCCAGUAGAGGUUGACAACAGAAUAGUACAACUCACUCUAUGGGAUACUGCCGGACAGGAAGAUUAUGAUAGACUGAGACCUCUUUCCUAUCCCGAUGCCAAUGUGGUCUUGAUUUGUUUUGCUAUUGACAUUCCUGACACCUUAGAUAACGUUCAAGAGAAGUGGAUUAGUGAGGUGUUGCAUUUCUGUCCUGGAGUCCCUAUCAUUUUAGUUGGUUGUAAACUUGACUUGAGAAACGAUCCAGAGGUUAUCCGUGAAUUACAAGCUGUUGGAAAGCAACCAGUCUCCACCAGUGAGGGUCAGGCCGUUGCCGACAAGAUUGGUGCUCUGAAAUACCUAGAGUGUUCCGCCAAGACCGGUGAGGGUGUCAGAGCUGUUUUUGAAAACGCUACAAGAGCAACACUCAUGGCUAAGGAAAGAAAGCAACGUAAGAAGAAGUGUAACAUUGUUUAA